ACAAAUUUAAAAAAAUCGUUCAACGUAAUUUUUUUCCAAAAAUAAUGUCCGAAUUCACUGAUUUUGUUGCGAUUUGUAAAGAAUCGGAUAUUAAUAACGACGAAGUAAAGGAGUUUGAUUUUGAUAGGAAUAAUAAGUUUUUGUUAAUACGGCAGAACGAUCGAAUUUGGGCCGUUGGAGCAACGUGUCCACAUCAAGGAGCACCACUAGUUAAAGGUGUUUUAGGGCGUGGUCGUAUACGCUGUUCAAGACAUGGCUCAUGUUAUGAUAUCAAAACUGGCGAUAUUGAAGACUUUCCAGGCUUAGAUUCGUUACCCUCGUAUCCAGUGGAGAUUAGUAAAGAUGGAGAGGUCAAAGUACGAGCCAGACACAAGGAUCUUAAUAAAACCCGUCGUAUAAAGAAAAUGUCGUCUCAUAAUAAAUUAGAUGAGCGUAUAUUUUUAUUAAUCGGUGGUGGAGUUGCGUCGGCUACAUGUGCGGAAACUUUACGCCAAGAAGGAUAUGUGGGACGUAUAAUUAUACUAUGUGGUGAAGACAGUUUGCCAUACGAUCGUACACCUUUAUCGAAAGUGUGGCAAGUGAAUCAUAGGGAUAUGGAAUUACGUAGUGAGGAAUUUUAUGAACAGCAUAAUAUUGAGAUAAUACUUGGUGUCGAAGCAAUUAAAUUGGAUACUUACACGAAUACCGUUAGUUGUUCAAAUGAACAGCAAAUUAAAUAUGAUAAACUUUUCAUAGCGACUGGUUCACGGCCUGCUAAACUAGCGACCGAGGGCAUUGGAUAUAGAAACGUAUUCUCAUUACAGAACUUCGUAGACUUACAAGCAAUUAUGAGUGUAUUGAGGCCAAGAACAAAUCUAAUUUGCACUGGUGGUGGUUUCAUUAGCCUAGAGUUGUCCUCCACAAUAAUAUCGAAGGUCAGAUCGGUUCUUGUAAUCAGUCAUCUAAAAUAUCCUUUGGAAGUCUUGUAUGGCGAGGAAAUCGGUAAACGCCUGUUGAAUUUAUACCGCGAGAGGGGUGUACAAAUGAAAAUGGAAAGUAGAAUGAAAGAUAUUUUAAGCGAUGACGGUGUUAGAGUGACAGAAGUUCGAACAACCGAUGGCUAUAAGUAUCCCUGUGAUGUUUUAUUAAUUGCUGUUGGUGUAGUGCCCAAUACCGAUUGGGUGAUUGAUUCGGAUGUGCCCGUAAACAUCGACGGCACCAUUGAUACGGAUAUGAAUUUGAGGACACCUGUACCCAAUAUUUACGCAGGCGGGGAUAUUGCCAAUGCACCAGUCUUAUCAUAUUCUAAUCAACGCAAAUGCGUUAAACAUUAUCAAGUGGCACAAUACCAUGGCCGUAUAGCUGGCAUAAAUAUGGCGGGUCAUAUUCAAGAAUUACGAACGGUGCCCUUUUUUAAUGCGUCUUUUUUCAGUAUGUCUUUCUUACAGGCUGGUUUUGGGUCACGACACGAUAUUUUUAUUCAUGGCGAUUUAAAGCGUUUGAAAUAUGUCGUUUAUGUAUCUGAUCGCGAUGGAAAUGUGACCUAUGUCAGCACAUGCGGUUAUGAUUCAGCUGUGAUUAGUUACUGUGAGUUGUUGGCGCAAGGGAAGCGGCUACAUCGUUCUGAGGUCGCCGAUAAGUCGAAUCCAAGUCAAUGGAUGGAACAACUACUCGAUACACGCCGCAAACGGUGUUCUUGCUGAGUUGGGGAUAGAAAUAUUAAUGAAAUUCUUAUUAAUUUGAUUAAUUGUUUUAUAUUUAACAAAUAAAAAAGUAAAUAUA